UUACGCCCGACGUUUUACGCGCCUGCUGUACUUUUAAUGGGCUUCGAAAAAGCUAAUAUCCGUGGAUCUGUUUAUCGCCCUGUCAUUCACUGUGCCUAUAAACUUUGAAGAACCUAGCAGUUAACGUUCAACCGUUACAGCAACUUUUUGCCGAAAUGAUGUUUCGACAUUAUCUUGACGUAUUUCCAAAGAUUUUUAUCUUUUUGCAUAUGUUUUCUAUUGUCACGGCUUCCCCGGAUACUAAGCGACUGUUGAAUGAUUUGUUUAAGGGAUACGACAAUGUGAUUAUGCCGAAAAUACGACACGAUGAAGUCAUGAAUGUAACGGUAAGGUUUAUACCAAGGGGGAUAACCGACUUUAAUGAGGUUGCGGGACAAAUAGCCGUUGCUAUGGGAGUAGAUAUCCGUUGGGUAGACGCAUAUUUAAGUUGGUCUCCUAAGGAAUACGGUGGGUUGACACAUAUAGUGCUUCCAGAGGAGAGAGUUUGGAUUCCACAUCUCUCAAUUGCCAACCCUAGUGACCGAAUUCCGAUAUUUCCAGAGGAUCCAUUUUCAGUCAGAAUAUUUUUCAACGGGCAGGCAAUACUGAUAAAAGGAGGAACGGUCAGAUGUACAUGCAAACCCAAUCUCAGAUAUUACCCGUUUGAUGUUCAUUCCUGCAAUGUUAAGUUCAUCAAUCUUGACCAUGUGUUCAAUGAAAUUCUGCUUAUUCCUGAACUAAAAUUAGACGUGUAUGAAAAUUAUGGAGAAUGGGGCCUUUUUGACAGUGUCGUCGAUUCAAACUUGUUCGAUUUGUUUUCAUGCGCAGUCUACAAAUUUAAAAUCAAGAGGCGUCCUGAGUUUUCCAUUUUAACUGUCUGCAUUCCGAUCCUUUGCUUGGGCUUGUUGAACGCCUGUGUGUUUUUGAUCCCGCCGGAGUGCGGGGAGCGGAUCUCGUACGCAAUCACAGUUCUCCUCUCAUUCGCCGUCUUCAUGACAAUUGUGAGUACAGUGAUGCCCAAAAACACGGACCCGGUUCCGAUUCUUUGUUACGUAUUGACAUUGAUGCUGGCUGAGAGCGGAAUCAUUGUUGCGGUCUCUAUUCUUGGACUUCGUUUGUAUUAUAAACCGGAGGACCAAAAAGUCCCAGAAUGGCUGGAAAGACUUGUGACGACAUUUAUAACUUUCCAGACCGCCCCGAAACCAUUUAGUAUCACCAAUGAAAUCGCAGAAAACGAUGAAAGAAUUAUUGACAAAGAAAUCAACCGCUUCGAUAAGCACAUAAGAUGGAGGCACGUUGGACAUGCUUUUGACUGUCUCUGUUUCGUCGUUUCCUUUUGUUCUUUUUCAAUUUCGGUUGUAAUUUAUGCAGUUAUUGUUAUGAUUAGCUAAAACUAUGAUACGCUAGUUAUGCAACCAAGAUGCUUUACAAUGCAUAGCAAUAAACUAAUACGUAUUUAAUUAAUUGAUGGUAUGUUUGUGUUUCUAUGUCUAAUUUUUCUUUUCUUGCUU